AUGCCUUUUCAAUCGAUAUUUGGCAGCUGCUUUCCGUUCUCCGAAGAGCAGGCUGACCAGAAUGGUGGGCAGACAAGAAAUCUCGAUGAGUUCGAGGCUAGGAAGUCACAUGCGCGGAGUCGCAGUGAGCGGUCCAUAUUUAACUGGGGUAGGAACGUGGAGGAGCCCGAAGAAACUCGAAGCCCGACCCCAUUCCCUCUUAUCACUGUAGACGAGGUAGAUUCUAUGCCUCGGCGGCCCCAUGCAGUUCGAUCACACAGUUGUCCUUCGUCUGCCAGAGAUGCGCAACGUGGUAAUUCUCCAUAUGGACCGAUGCUUACCAUUCACGAUGCGGGUCUUGCGAAUGAACUUCUUGGUUCAACAUCUUCUCUUGGUAAUGGACAAUAUUCCUUCCUAAACGGAGAGUUCAUUCCUCGCCCAACAUCUGGAUUAUCCAAUCAUACACGUCGCGCGAGUAUGCCCGGUGAUUUAAGAUCUUGUGCAAGUCCUUCACCGGUGCACACGCAUGUCAGAGCAGCGCAGAGUAUGGGAAAUCUGAAUGUAAAUCCCGGAGAUUUUGGACCAUUUCCUAUGGGUAUGGGAAGAGCUUAUGGGGUCAGUAGCCCUAGUGCUACAACCUUUGACACGAGGAGGGAUUCGGUGGGGACGUUCACGGAUACUACUUCGUUUGAUCAGGAUUCUAUGCAUUCUGAUCUAGACGUACCGGUGCCUGUGCCAACAUCGAAUGAGCCGGAGGCUGUCGCAAUCUCCCCCCGAGAAGUUAUACCUGCAGUGGAGGAGCCCGUGGAGACUCCUGCGGCGUCGGUGGCAGUGUCAACUUCGAACGAGCCUGAAACUGCCGCUUCUGGUAUUGUCGAAGAAGAAAGAACAGAGGCUCCAGCGGCGCAAACUUUAACUGAAUGCAAGGAAGCAGUCGUGCGCAUCAAAAUUGCACUCGAGGAAAGGGCUUCCCUCGAACGACGCCUACAGGAGUUGGAAAGACUUAUUAGCAGGGGAAACUCCCAACGUCCAGCGAGAUUUCGAAGUGCGACCACCGGCGGUGCAUUGGAGUCUGUCCCACAACUUUCACGUACCGAAAUCGUCGUCGAGGCCACUACUGCUGCUCCUACUACUACCCAACGGUCAUUAGAAUCUCAACAGGGUACCCAAGUAGACUCGAACCGCGAAACCUCGCUCGAAGAUGAUACACCUAGGCCACGAAACUCUCUCCCAGUAUCACCACCAACCUAUACCCAGCCAGCCCCUCAACCUCAACCACAGCCACAACGUCAAAGGCCCGUACUUCCCCAGCUUCAAACAUCAUUGCCUCUUCCAACUGCCAGCGAAGAACGAAGAACUCCAUCCACAGCUGUCCGACUGACCUCUGCGGUCUCAAGGAUUGCAAACUGGAUGUUCGGCGAGGAAGAACGUUCCCCUUAUCCAACCACUCCCAUGCCUCCAUCCACCCCUCACACACGUACACAGCGACCCCAAACCUACCAACUGAUUCAAGCACACCAUUUGCAACUAACUCCAACUUCUCCACAACACCGCCGCACUGCACACCUUUCCGCACCUGCCACUACCGGUUCUCCCGUCCCAGUUAUCGGAUACCAACAACGAUGGCGACCUCGAAACGUCGAGGACGUUGAUCCAGUCCCGCCAUAUCAUGAACAAGACCCCAACCCAAGCCCCGGGUUUGUGUUUUUCCCACAAAACUCGCUCCUAACGCCGUUAGCGACACCCACAAGUCCAUCCGGUACGAGCAUUGCCACUCAAAUGUACGCUCAAGCUGUGUGA